CGGGUGCUCGAGGACGUGGGGGCGGGAUGGGCAGGAGGAAGACUGUCACGUGACGCUGGAGCACACGUGACUCGGAGUACACAUGACUUCCCGUCGCGGGCCACCUCCGGGAGAGCAAGGACGCGAGGCAGCAGAGAUGGUCCGAGCCGCGCUGUCGCCGCCAUUCCUCCUGCUGCUGCUGCUCUCCUGGGCGCCCCGAAGCGAGGCAGCCCCCGACCAGGACGAGAUCCAGUACCUGCCAGGGCUGACCAAGCAGCCGUCUUUCCGCCAGUACUCUGGCUACCUCAGAGGCUCCGGCUCCAAGCACCUCCACUACUGGUUUGUGGAGUCCCAGAAGGAUCCCAAGAGCAGCCCUGUGGUGCUGUGGCUCAAUGGAGGGCCGGGCUGUAGCUCCCUAGACGGCCUCCUCACCGAGCACGGACCCUUCCUGAUCCAGCCAGAUGGUGCCACUCUGGAGUACAACCCCUAUUCCUGGAACCUGAUUGCCAAUGUGUUAUACCUCGAGUCCCCAGCUGGGGUGGGCUUUUCCUACUCCGAUGACAAGUCUUAUGCAACCAAUGACACCGAGGUGGCCCAGAGCAAUUUUGAAGCCCUUAAAGAUUUCUUCCGCCUCUUCCCGGAAUACAAGGACAACGAGCUUUUCCUGACGGGAGAGAGCUAUGCCGGCAUCUACAUCCCCACCCUGGCAGUGUUGGUCAUGCAGGACCCCAGCAUGAACCUUCAGGGGCUGGCUGUGGGCAAUGGACUCUCCUGCUAUGAGCAGAAUGACAACUCCCUGGUCUAUUUCGCCUACUACCAUGGCCUUCUGGGAAACAGGCUCUGGUCUUCCCUCCAGACCCACUGCUGCUCUCAAAACAAGUGUAACUUCUACGACAACAGAGACCCACAAUGCGUGACCAAUCUUCAGGAAGUGUCCCACAUCGUGGGCAGCUCCGGCCUCAACGUCUACAACCUCUACGCUCCAUGUGCUGGGGGGGUGCCCAGCCAUCUAAGGUACGAGAAGGACACUGUCGUGGUCCAGGAUCUGGGCAACAUCUUCACUCGCCUGCCACCCAAGCAGAUGUGGCAUCAGGCACUGCUGCGUUCUGCGGGAGAGGUGCGCCUGGACCCCCCCUGCACCAACACCACAGCCGCCUCCACCUACCUCAACAACCCUCUUGUGCGGAAGGCCCUCCACAUCCCCGAGCAGCUGCCCCGCUGGGACGUGUGCAACUUCCUGGUGAAUAUCCAGUACCGCCGUCUCUACCAAACCAUGUGUUCCCAGUACCUGAAGCUGCUGGCCGCACAGAAAUACCGGAUCCUGCUGUACAACGGAGAUGUGGACAUGGCCUGCAAUUUCAUGGGAGAUGAGUGGUUUGUGGAUUCCCUCAACCAGAAGAUGGAGGUACAGCGCCGGCCCUGGUUGGUGGACUACGGGGACAGUGGAGAGCAGAUCGCUGGCUUCGUGAAGGAGUUCUCCCACAUCGCCUUUCUUACCAUCAAGGGUGCCGGACACAUGGUCCCCACUGACAAGCCCCAGGCUGCCCUCACCAUGUUCUCCCGCUUCCUGAAUAAGCAGCCAUACUGAUGACCAUGGGAGCAGCCCCCCACUGCCUGAUCCAGCCCUUCCCAGCCUCUCGUGCCGGAAGGGAGGUCCUCCUUUAUGCAAAAUGCCCCUGUGGGGCAGAUCCCUGCCUCCAGAACUGACCCCACCCGCCUCCGCAGCCCUGUGCAUCCCAGACCUGGCCCCAGCGCCUCACAUAUACAGUCUGGGGGGAGUUUGCACUUUAUAACUCACUGGGGUGAGGCCUGGCCCCCUCCCUGCUUGAAGAAUGCCCUCAAGGCACUGAUCGCAUCCCAGGAACACAACAGAGCUCAGGACAGCCCACGGGGAGGGUGGACGGACUGUAAUUGAUGGAAUGACUGUGAUUAUGGAAUUAAAUUGGGUACAGCUUAAAA